AUAUAUACAAUGCGCUUAGGUCGCACGUGUACGUUGUUGAUGUUUGAGAUGGAUAUUUAAUUUCAAACCUUAAAGAGAAGAAACCAAUCUGGUUUUAGCAAAGAUAACCUAGCAGGAAUUACAACUAUGGGUCGGCUUAGGAAAAAGCACAACUGGAAAGCUAGACAGCAAAGUGAAGUCGUUGUCGACCAUACGGAAGAACAGAAGGUGCAGCUUCAAGUAGAUCUUGAAGAUGUGAGGUCUGAAGGAUAUGAUGAGAGCAACCCAUUGACUCUGCCAUCAAAGAAACGUACAACAAAGAAAGUGCAACAGAAAGAUACCACAAUUAGGAAGCUGAGCAAAAAGCAGAGAAAGCACCUGGAGAAAAUUGUACAGUUAAAAGAAAAGAAAGCCAAGAGGGCAGAUCUGCUUGCAUCUUUGUCUGAAGUUCAAGCUUCUCAAGAAGAAAUGUCUUUACUUACUUCACUAGCAGAAGCUCAAACUAAAAGACCAAAAAGGUUACUAGAUAUUGAGCAGGAUUCAUCUGGUGUGGUCAAACUUAAAGUGAAUGCUAUUGGUGGGAGUAAUAAGAAAAAACAGAAAUUGUCAGUUGAUAAACAAAAUGUGACACAAAAUGAAACUGAAAGCAGUGAUACAGACACUUCAGAAGUUUCCUCUGAUGAAGAAGAUAUACAGAAAACUAUAAAUUCUGUAUGCAUUGUAACUGAGGAAACAGAAAAAUCUGAUCCAAGUGACCAACAGAUUCAAAGUGCUAACACUGAAGCAGUGACUUGUGUUAAGGAAUCUGCAAAUAGCAUUAAAGAAAUUGAAAAGAAGGAAGUGAAAAAAGAUACUGCUAAAGUAAAAGAAAAUGAACAUGUUGACAGUAAACCUGCUGUUAACAUCCCAUUGGAUAGGAAACCAACAGUGCAGGCUGCCAGACUAAAACUUCCCAUAUUGUCAGAAGAACAGUCUAUAAUGGAGGCAAUCCAUGACAGUCCUGUAGUGAUACUGUGUGGUGAGACAGGGUCUGGGAAAACCACACAGGUUCCUCAAUUUCUCUAUGAAGCUGGUUUUGCACAUGGUACUGGUAUUAUUGGAGUAACCGAGCCAAGGCGUGUGGCAGCCAUUAGUAUGUCCUACAGAGUUGCUGAAGAAAUGAAUUUGUCAUCAAGGAUGGUUUCAUAUCAGAUCAGAUAUGAAGGCAAUGUUACAGACGAUACAAAAAUCAAAUUUAUGACAGAUGGGGUGCUUCUGAAAGAAGUUCAGAAGGAUUUUUUGCUGACCAAGUAUUCUGUGAUUAUAAUAGAUGAAGCUCAUGAGAGAAGUGUGUACACUGACAUACUGAUUGGACUUCUCUCCAGGAUAGUGCCACUAAGACAUAAGAAAGGGAAUCCAUUGAAGUUGGUCAUAAUGUCUGCUACAUUAAGAGUGGAGGACUUCACUGAAAACCAAAGACUUUUCAGAGAAACUCCACCAGUAAUCAAGGUCGAUUCCAGACAAUUUCCAGUUAGUAUUCAUUUUAAUAAGAGAACUCCUGAUGAUUACCUGGGAGAAACAUUUAGAAAGAUCUGCAAGAUUCACCGCAUGCUCCCAGAAGGAGGGAUUCUGGUGUUUGUAACAGGGCAACAAGAAGUGCACACGCUGUGCAAGAAACUCAGAAAAAUGUUCCCCGCAACUCAAAAUACAGGUGACUCCUUAGAGAAAAAGGAAGAGGGAAUUGCCCCAAAUUCUAUGAAAAAAGGAAGGAGGGGACGGAAGAAACAAAACAGUGAAAGUAAAGCUCCACUGCCUAAAAUUGAUUUGGACAACUACUCAAUUCUUCCAUUGGAUGAGGAGGCAGAUCUGCAUGUAACUCAUGGGUCAGACUCUGAAGAAACCUCAGAGGAUGAAGAAGACAUGGAAGAGAUUGAAGCAGAUGUGACUGGUGGGCAGCCAAUGUAUGUUCUUCCACUAUAUUCACUGCUGGCAGCAGACAAACAGAGAAAGGUAUUUAAUCCCCCACCUGAAGGCUGUAGGCUGUGUAUUGUCUCCACAAAUGUGGCAGAAACUUCUCUAACAAUACCAAACAUCAGAUAUGUGGUGGAUACUGGAAAGGUGAAGACAAAGUUUUAUGACAAAGUAACAGGUGUGUCCACAUUUAAAGUCACCUGGACAUCUAAAGCAUCAGCCAAUCAGAGGGCAGGAAGAGCAGGGCGCACUGGGCCAGGACACUGCUACAGAUUGUAUUCAUCAGCAGUAUUUAAUGAUGAAUUUGAAAAAUUCUCCCCUCCUGAGAUAACUAGAAGACCUGUGGAUGACUUGAUUUUACAGAUGAAGGAUAUGAAUAUUGAUAAAGUGAUCAACUUUCCCUAUCCAACUCCCCCUGAUGAGGAGGCCUUAAAGGCUGCAGAAAAGUUGCUGAUUUCUUUAGGUGCUCUGGAGGAAGUAAAAAAGACUUCAGGAAAGAAGGAAAAGCAACCAGGAGACUCCAGCUCCAGAAUCUCUCCCCUGGGGCGAGCAAUGGCUUGCUUUCCAGUGUCUCCUAGAUAUGGCAAGAUGUUGUCACUGGGACACCAGCAUGAUUUACUGCCAUAUGUCAUAGCCAUAGUGUCUGCUCUGUCUGUACAAGAGCUGUUCAUUGAGUAUGAGAAACCACACAAUUCAGAAGAAGAGAAAGAAGAAUUUAAGCAGAAAAGAAUUAGAAUUAUGCAGCAAAGAAAGACAUGGGCAGGAAGUGGCCACUCAUUACUCCUGGGGGACCUGAUGGCUCUGCUGAAGGCUGUGGGUGCCUGUGAGUAUAUAGGCUGCUCCCCACAGUUCUGUGACAAACAUGGGCUCAGGUAUAAGGCAAUGGUGGAGGUCAGGAAGCUUAGGGCACAGCUCACAAAUACAGUGAACAGUGUGAUACCAGAUGCCAAUGUAUUUGUGGACCCAAAGAUGCAGCCACCUACUGACCUUCAAGCCAAGCUUCUCAGGCAAAUAGUUUUAGCUGGGCUAGCAGAUAGAGUAGCCAGAAGGGUCCCAGAUCCCCCACCAGGGGCCGAUGAGUCACAAAAGAAACUAAAGAAUUCUUAUCAGUGUAUGGCAUUGGAAGAUCAUGUGUUUAUUCAUCCACACUCAGUUCUUUACAAAGAGAAACCAGACUAUGUCCUAUAUCAGGAGAUAGUAGAGACAUCUAAACUAUACAUGAAAGGUAUAACUGUGAUAGAGCCAGAAUGGUUGUCAACUUACGCUCCUCAGCAUUGCACCUUCUCUAAACCUCUGGAGGAUCCCCCACCCAGAUAUAAUGCCAAGACAGGGACAGUAGUGUGUCAUAUGACUGCCUUGUAUGGGCGCUGCUCAUGGCAACUUCCAGCUGUAGAGUUAGAAUACCCUGCAGGCUUGGACAAGUUCAAAUGGUUUGCCAAGGCUGUGUUGGAGGGUCAAGUGGUUCCUAAACUGCAGCAGUUUACACCAAUUUUACUGUCUUCUCCUGUAACCAUGGUGAAAAGCUGGGCUAAAUUGCAACCAAGGACAGAAACGCUAUUAAAAGCUCUCAUAGCAGAAAACGUGGACUGCAAGGAAGCGCUUUUGAAAACCUGGAAGAAAAAACCCAAAUUUCUGUUGUACGCCUAUGCAGAGUGGAUACCCAAGGUUCGGCAUCCGGAUCUCAAGGAACUAUGGCCGCCGCUUGAUGAAGCAUGAGGCAUUAUACCAAAUUUUCCGUGCUCUAAACUCGAAAUGUUUACUAAUUAUAAGUGAUCGAAAAUCGUGUGAUGUGGUCAUGCUGAAUGAUUCAUGCAAGACAAUGUGACCUGAUGAUUUUUUUUACCAAACAUUAGGUAUCCUGUGAGUCAGAAUACCCUUCUUUUACUGCUAAUAACUUUUUUAUUUCACUUUGUCGGGCCUGUACAUAGCUCGUAACAUUUGAUGAGUCAACAGAUUUAACAUUGUAAACUGAAAAACUAGUCGAAGUGUACGUAAGAAUUAUGGUUUUAUUCAAGCAUUUUCUAAUAUUCUUUGUAUCUCAGUAAAGAUCGUCUAACUGUAUUUGUGAUUCUCAAGGGGGAAGCGUAUGAAUUCAGCUAAAAUGUGUUAUUCAUCAAACGUCUGAACUAUCUACGCGAUCUGCUGAGAUGCUAUUAAAACAAGAGCCAUGCCAUA